AUGGCGGCGUUGGAGGAGGCGUCGGGGGUCCGUUCGGAGCGGGGCUGCUGCGUGCUGUGCUGCGGGGACCUGGAGGCCACGGCGCUGGGCCGCUGCGACCACCCGGUCUGCUACCGCUGCUCCACCAAGAUGCGCGUCCUGUGCGAGCAGCGCUACUGCGCCGUCUGCCGCGAGGACCUCAGACAGGUGGUGUUCGGGAAGAAGCUGUCGGCCUUCGCCACCAUCCCCCUGCAGCAGCUGCAGCACGAGAAGAAAUACGACAUCUACUUCGCCGACGGGAAGGUGUACGCCCUGUACAGGAAACUGCUGCAGCACGAGUGCCCGUACUGCCCCGAGCAGCGCCCCUUCGGCGUCUUCGCCGACCUGGAGCAGCACAUGAGGAAGCAGCACGAGCUCUUCUGUUGCAAGCUGUGUGCCAAGCACCUCAAGAUCUUCCCCCACGAGCGCAAGUGGUACUCGCGCAAGGACCUGGCCCGCCACCGCAUCCACGGGGACCCCGACAACACCUCCCACCGCGGCCACCCGCUCUGCAAGUUCUGCGACGAGCGCUACCUGGACAACGACGAGCUGCUGAAGCACCUGCGGCGGGACCACUAUUUCUGCCACUUCUGCGACGCGGACGGCGCCCAGGAGUACUACAGCGACUACGAGUACCUGCGGGAGCACUUCCGCGAGCUGCACUUCCUGUGCGAGGAGGGCCGCUGCAGCACGGAGCGCUUCACCCACGCCUUCCGCUCCGAGAUCGACUACAAGGCCCACAAGACGGCGUGCCACAGCAAGAGCCGCGCCGAGGCCCGACAGAACCGCCACAUCGACCUGCAGUUCAGCUACGCGCCCAGGCACUCCCGGAGGGCCGAGGGGGGGGUCGGCGGCGAGGACCCGGAGGAGGCGGACAGGUUCAACCGGCAGGGACGCGGGGGCCGGCCGGCCGGCCGCGGAGCCCAGCAGAAUCGCCGAGGGAGCUGGAGGUAUAAGAGGGAGGAGGAGGACCGGGACGUGGCGGCGGCGGUGCGGGCGGCGGCGGCGGCGGUGGUGGCCCGGGGGCCGGAGGGGAAGACGGGGACCGAGGACGCCGGCGACGGCGCCAGAGGGAGGCGAGAGGAGCCGAGGGACCCCGACGAGGCCCGGGGCUCCCGGAGGGCCGCCCGGACCCCCGGCGAGGCCCCAGGUCCAAAGGAGACGGCUGCUGACGGGCCUCGGGACCAGGAUGACUUUCCAGCCCUCGGCUCCGCCUCGGUGGGACCGCUGCCAGGCGCCGUCCAGCCCAGCUCCGGGAAGCUCAAGGACGAGGACUUCCCGAGCCUGUCGGGGCCCGGGGCCGCCCAGCCGCCGCCGCCGCCGCCUCCGCCGGGCCCCGCGCCCGCCCGCCGGCCGUCGGCCUUCCAGGAGGAGGACUUCCCCGCCUUGGUGUCCCGGAUCCGGCCCGGGAAGGCCGUGUCGCUGGUCGCCUCCGCCUGGAGCGGCGGCUCCGGCCAGAAGGCCGUUCGGGCCGGACCCCUGCCCGGACCCCCGCCGGGGCCGAGCCAGCCCCCGAGGAGGCUGGCCGGCGGCGGCAAGGGGGGCAAGAAGAGCGGCCGGGCGGCCGCGCCCGAGGAGGAGGAGGAGGAGGGGCCCGGCGGCGGGCUGACGGUGCAGGAGGUCCGCGGCGCCCCCACCAUGCUGGACGUCUCCUCCCUGCUGGCCGCCCCGCCCGCCCUGCCCUUCACCAAGGUCGGCAGGAAGAAGAAGGCGGGGGCCGAGCGGCCGGCCUCGGGCUCCCCCCAGCCCGAGGCCGGCGGGGCGGGCCCCCCGCCCAAGCCGCCCCCCGCCGCCGGGCCCGAGGGAGCCGCCGCCGUGGUCAACGGCCACACGGAGAGGCCGGCCCCGGGCCGCCCCCUGCCCAAGGAGCCCCCCGGACUCAAGAAGCCGGCGGGGGCCGCCCCGUGCCCGCUACCUCAGGAAGAUUUCCCGGCCCUCUGCGCCCCCGCGCCCGCCGGGAGGCCGCCUCCGCCAGGCUUCAACUCCGUGGUGCUGCUCAAGAGCCCCUUCCCGCCACCGGGGCUGGCCGGGCCUGUCAGCAAGCCCCCACCGGGCUUCGCCGGCCUCCCGGAGGCCCCCACCGCUGUUCAGGAGCCGGCCGCCGGCCCCGGCCCCUACCUGGUGCCCGAGAACUUCAAGCAGCGGAACAUCCAGCUGACCCAGUCCAUCCGCGAGUUUCUGCAGCGGGACGAGGCCAAGUUCGGCCAGUUCAAGGCUCACUCGGGCCAGUUCAGACAGGGCCUGCUCUCCGCCGCGCAGUAUUACAACAGCUGCCGGGAGCUCCUGGGCGCCGACCUGUUCAAGAUCUUCAACGAGCUACUGGUGCUGCUGCCCGACCCGGCCAAGCAGCAGGAGCUGCUGUCGGCCCACAACGCGGCCAGCGGGCGCGAGCGGCCGGCCGGCGGCGGUGGCGGCGGCGGCAGGGCCAGGAAGCAGCGGAAGGGCGCCUGGCCCGCCGGGCCCCUGGACUGCUGCGUGUGCCCCACCUGCAAACAGGUGCUAGCCCAGGGCGACCUCGGGCCCCACGCAGCCCUGCACACCGAGGACCCCGACUUCCCCUCGCUCAGGGCCAGCAGCAAGAUCGUCGGCUGAGCCCUGCGCCCCCAAACCGCCACCCCCGUCCCCCGGCCCCUCCUCCUCCCAGUGGCACUUCAGCCGGGGCCCGGCGGCGGGCGGGAGCCCGUCCCCUCACUCCGCCCCCACCAAAAAAGAAAAAAGCCAAAUAGCGGGUCACCCGGUGGUCCGUCUCGGGGUAGGGGAGGGGGCGCGGCUCAGGCCUCCGGGCCGUGUCUCCUGGGGGCAGUGGGUGUCCCCUGGCUGGUGGCGGUCCCUUCGCUCUGGCGCCCGGGGAGAGGCCCCUUGGGCGCGGGGAGGCGGGGAUAGAGACGGAGCGGGGGGGCCGUCGCACCGGGCGGGGGUCGGCCCGGAAGAGUCCGGGCUUGGCGCUCCUCGCCCUCCCCGCCCGUCAGAGAACCGUUUUCUCUUCCAAUA